CUAAGUCUGAACUAAAAAUAUUUCGCGGACACUGCGAUAUAUUUGGAGUUGCAACAAUAGACCUCAAUCUUUCUGCAUAGGAUAAUAGUAAACGGAGAAGCUGGGUUGAAAAUACGAGAACGUUGGAAGUGAUUAGGAUGAUGGAGUUCACAUUGUUUUUGGCCAGGCAUGGGGAAACUGGUCACAACAAAGGAUCUGUGAUUCAAGGCCAACUUGACAUACCACUAUCCCACAAUGGAAUUGCUCAAGCAAAAGCACUUGCUAAAUUACUUCAUCAUCGUGAAUGGAAUGAAGUCUGGUCAAGUGAUUUAAAAAGGAGUUGGCAGACUGCUAAUUUCCUUGUUAAUAAAGAUUUAACUAAUGACAAAUGUGAGGAUGAUGACACACUACUAAUGAAUACAUGUUUACCUCUGAUCCAAGCUGAUGUGAGGAUCAGGGAAAGGAAUUAUGGUAUCUGUCAAGGCCAAAGCACUGCAGUUCUUAAGGAAAUGGCUAGGGAAGCCGGAGUAAAAGUCAGCAACUUCGUCCCACCUGAAGCUGAAAGUCCUGCAGAUGUCAGGGGAAGAGCUAUUUCUUUCUUUAAGGAUUUAUGCAAUCGACAGAAGGCACGCGUUGAUGAAAAAGAAUCAAAGGUUUUGCUAGGUCACGGCGGAUGGUUGUCUGAAUUCAUGACCUACUUAGCGUCGCAUGUCGAUAGUACGCCUUUUUCAUUUCGGGCAGAAACCGCCAGUAGGAUAACGCCCAAUACUGCCGUUUCAAGUUUCAAAAUUCGACUCGAGGAUGACGGUAGCGUUUCCAACGUAAAAUGUUUGACGUUACAUGAUACAUCGCAUUUAACUAAUCAUGUUUGCACUGAUCAACUUGCUGUUUAAAAAAUACGAUCAAUUGAAAUAACAAAUGUAACGCGUAGUAAUAAAAGUAUUUGAAAGUG